AUGAUAUUAAUCAACAUAUUAAUUUUAUUAAUUAAUAAUCAUCUAAUAAGAGCUUUUGAGAAUUUAAUAUAUGAAAAUGAUUUUUUUAUUCAAAGAAAUAAAAGAGUUGCUUUAAGAAAUUUAAAUUUUAGAUGGAAUGAAACAAAAAUAUAUUAUGUGAUUGAUUCUAAACUUGGUCAUUCUUUUGAAUUACAUAGAGCUAUUAGUGAAAUUGCAUAUAAAUCAUGUCUUAAAUUUGAAAAACUUCAAAACAAUGAAUUUAAUAUUAAUAAAACAGGUUUAUAUUUUCGUUCAGGACAAGAAAGUGAUAAUCUUUUUGGAAGAAGACUUAAAACAAAUUAUUAUCAAAAUAUUACAAUAAAUAUAAAAAAUGCAACUCCACUUAAUUUUAUAAGAUGGAUAUUAUAUGCUCUUGGUAUUGAUUUUAAACAUAAUAGACCAGAUGCAGAUGAUUAUAUAAUUAUUCAUAGAAAAAAUAUUAAUGAUAGUUUUCUUAAACAUGUAAAACAAAAAACUAGAAAAUUUGUAAAUACAUAUGGAUUAAAAUAUGAUUUUGAAUCUGUUAUGGCAUUAAAUGAAUUUGAAUAUGCAAAAAAUAAUAAAAAAAAAACUUUUGAAGUAAUUGAUUUCAAAAAUAAAAAAAAAAAUAUUACAAAUCAUUUUCUUUCACAAACUGAUAUAUUAAUUUUAAAUAAAUAUUAUUGUGAAGAUAAAUGUAAUCCAAUGUAUCAAUGUUUAAAUAAAGGUGUUCCAGAUUAUGAUUCAUGUAAUAAAUGUAUAUGUCAAUUUACUCAUACUGGAAGAUAUUGUCAACAUCCUACAUAUCUUAGAACAAAAUAUUGUCAAGAUUUAGAUUUAAAAGCAGAUAAAAAUUAUAAAGAAUUUACAUUAGAUUUAAGUUCUAAUUGUUCAAUUAGUAUAACAUCAUCACCUGAAACAUCAAUUAUGAUUGAAUAUACAUUUUUUGGUAAUAAUCAAGGAAAUGAAUAUACUUGUAAUACAAAAACUGGUUAUAUUGAAAUUAGAUAUGAAAGAAAUAAAUAUCAUGAAGGACUUAUUUUAUGUAGUUAUAUUAUAAAUGGAGGAUUUUUAACAGAAGAUAAUUAUGGUUUAUUAUUUUUUCGUGGAAUAAAAUCAGGACAACAUGUCAAAAUUAAAUAUAAAGAAAUAAGUAGUGAUAAAAUAAUACCUCCAUCAGCAGAUAGAACAAAAAAAUAA